CCACUGUCCCGCCGGCGCCGCCUCCCCGCUUCACAGCCGCUUCCUGCGCGUCGCCCCGCCCCGGUGAGGAAGUGCGCGGCGCGGCCAUGGCGGCUGUGGACAUCCGAGACAACCUCCUAGGAAUUUCCUGGGUUGACAGCUCCUGGAUUCCAAUAUUAAACAAUGGGAGUGUGUUGGACUAUUUCUCAGAGAGAAGUAACCCAUUCUAUGACCGAACAUGUAACAAUGAAGUCGUCAAAAUGCAGCGGAUGACCUUGGACCAUUUGAACCAGAUGGUUGGAGUGGAGUACAUCCUUCUCCAUGCUCAAGAGCCCAUUCUCUUCAUUAUCCGAAAGCAGCAAAGGCAAUCUCCAACACAAGUUAUUCCAUUGGCCGACUACUAUAUUAUUGCUGGAGUAAUUUAUCAAGCACCUGACUUAGGGUCUGUCAUUAACUCCAGAGUUCUCACUGCAGUGCACGGAAUUCAGUCUGCUUUUGAAGAAGCUAUGUCUUACUGUCGCUAUCACCCAUCCAAGGGCUACUGGUGGCAUUUUAAAGAUCAAGAAGAAAGAGAGAAAGCUAAACCAAAAGCCAAGAAGAAAGAAGAACCAAGUUCCAUUUUCCAAAGGCAACGGGUAGAUGCUUUGCUUUUAGACCUAAGACAGAAGUUUCCACCCAGGUUUGUUCAGCAAAAGCCCGGAGAAAAGCCUAUCCCAGGACAGUGGAUUUUAACCUGUGGUCCACAAGGCUCCUGGGGUUUUGUGACCUGUUCCUAAAGACUCAACAGAAGACGCUAAACUUUUCCAGAUAUUCUUUAGAGCUGAAAAUAGCCUGUUUCUGAUGUCCACUCACAAAUUAUCCUCUAAUAGAAAGAGUGAAAAAAGCAAAAGCCAUCCUUUGAGAUUUUAAAACAGAUUUUCCCACUUGUGGCCUAUGCAAGAAUGAUCUUGCUCAACACAAACAUCUGUGACAAGGAGUCACAAGAAUCUGAGCUGGGGGCCUCUCUCUCUAUGUCUGCUCAGAAGGAGAAGCACCCAUUAAUUUGAAAUGAAGCUUAUAAAAAUAUGAGAACAUGCUUGUGGAAGGCUAAUUUACUCCUUCCUCCCCACAAGAGCCUCUGUCCGUGCUGAAAGGCAGCGAUGUGCCCCCUGCCGCAGGUGCCA